CUGCCGAUUAGAGGCCGUCCUGCUCACCGGGUUCAUCAAUGGACUUUCCUAGAGCCGUCAGCCGCCUCUUCUGGAGUAGAAGACAGUAAGAGUAGGAUUUUGGUUGGAACGUGCUCGUGAAGUGUGUAGAGAGCAACGCAUCGCAAAGCAAGAUGGCAGCACCCUGCUGCUGAAGAGCAGCACAUGCUGCUUCACAGACACUAAGGUGUCAGAGAUAUCGUUACCCCCUCUUCCCUCCCUGCGACUCCGCCGUCUUUGGACAAAAAUUCUUAUGCUGUCUGAGUGUUUUUAGUCAAUCUAAGCCUCAAUGCUUUGAUACGGAUCCUACCCAAGGCUGAUUAGGACUGAUAAAGAUGCCUCAGGAACAGUACGCUCACAGGAGCACGCUCUCCAGCAAUGAGGGGCCACACGUGUACAAAGUGGGAAUAUACGGCUGGAGGAAGAGGUGCCUGUAUUUCUUCGUGCUGCUUCUUAUGAUACUUAUCCUGGUGAACCUAGCCAUGACCAUCUGGAUCCUCAAAGUCAUGAACUUUACUAUUGAUGGAAUGGGUAACCUAAGGAUCACAGAAAAGGGUUUACGGCUAGAGGGCGAUUCUGAAUUUUUGAAACCUUUGUAUGCCAAAGAAAUCCGCUCCAGGCCGGGUCACUCCCUGUAUGUCCAAUCAGAUCGAAAUGUGACUGUAAAUAUUCUUAAUGGAGAAAUGAAAGCUGUCACGCAGCUCGUCACAGGAUCAGAGGCUAUAGAAGCCUACGGGAAACGCUUGGAAGUGAAGUCCAAUACUGGGAAACUACUGUUUUCUGCCGAUAAUGACGAAGUGGUUGUUGGCGCUGAAAGAUUGCGGGUACUAGGUGCCGAAGGCGCUGUAUUUCCUAAGUCCAUUGAAACGCCAUAUGUCAAGGCCGAACCCUUCCAUCCUUUGAGACUGGAAUCUCCAACAAGGACCUUGAUUAUGGAGGCACCCAAAGGGGUAGAGAUCAAUGCUGAGGCUGGGAGUUUGGAAGCUUCGUGUAGAACAGAUUUACGCCUUGAGUCAAAAGAUGGGGAGAUCCUUCUGCAAGCUCCGAACGUUAAGCUUCCACAGCUACCACGUGGCUCCUACUCCUCCUCUGGUUCUCGUCAAAAGGUGUAUGAGCUCUGUGUGUGUCCUAAUGGGAGACUGUUCCUUUCACAAGCAGGGAGUGGAUCUACCUGCCAGAUAAACACCAGUGUGUGUCUAUAAGAGACUGGAGACAUUGCUCCAACAGAGACAGGAGCACCACCAUUACCAGACACGGGAAGCCUCAGAACCUAUAUGUGUGUGUGCGUGUGUGAAUAUAUAUACACUUAUAUAUAUCUGUAAAUCUAUUCAUCUCCUGAACAAGAGAUGUUUCAUGGCCAGAAGCUCAGGGUGACCAUCAUGUGUCUUCCCACAAUCUACUGAACUGAUAACAAGUUGCCCUCAUACUCCAAAAACAUUGCACCACCAAUGAAACCUUAAUACUCAAAAAGUUACAAAUUCCUCAUGUUUUAAAUGUCUUUAAAUUCCAAAGGGUGACCUUUUGCAAUCUAUUACUGUCUUUGAUUCACUCGUUACAUUACCAGCAUCAUAAAAACAAGUAGGCAACACAGGUCAAUUGUCCUGUUCUCCUGGAACUGUCCACAAUGUCAAGAUGGAGAAGGGCCGGACUUAUCAGAAACUGUGAGGGAAUAUGAACAGCAACGGCAACGCUUAAGUAGAUCUGGGUGUGAUUUGGGGGAGUGGAUAAAAUAUCUGAUAUUUUCAUUCAUGGUGAUAAUUAAACUUUAUAUUAUGUAAGGUGCUCAUGGCUCUUAUACCUGACUUCAAAAAAUUGUUCCUUGCAUAUGCUAGGUGGGAAAUACAUAAAAUCCUUAACCCUAAUCCUUAACAUUUACAUAAUGAAAAUGAAAAGUUGUUGAAUUCAACAAAAUAUUUUUGUAGAAAACUUAUAUUAUAGCAAAUUUUGCACCAAUCAAGUAACCCAUAGCAACCAAUAAGGAGCUAGCUUGGAUCUGUUUAUUGCAGUUAGAAUAGAGCAAGUGUCUUAUUGGUUGGUGUGGGGUUGGACGCAAACGUUCACCAAGUCACAGUAUAAGCACAUAUGCUUUACAACUAAGUUCUGUAUGAGGGAUUCACUUUAGUGAUGCAUGUCCACAAGGGUUCCACCUAUGGAACCCUUGUGGAUAUCCAUGGGUUGGGCGUGUUUUGGCCAAAUAAUUGCUUCUCCAGCAGGUUGUGGGAGGGUGGUGGACCCCCUGUUAUGAAGGAUGGAAUGGAAAGAAGGAAAGUCAUUUCACACUCGGGGGUGCUAAAUGUUAGGCACCCCCAAGUGUGAAACGACUUUCCUUCUCCUUUAAGGUGAAUGGAUGAAUGUGUCCUGCCCUCUCCAUUGAUCUUAGAGUGGUGGAUUGUGUUCAAGCGUAUAAAUCAUUGUGGCAUCUCAUGCUUGGGUUGGGUAAGGGAAGAUUCAUGCCUGGAUUGCUUGAGAGCACGUUACAGUUGGUGUGUGUAGAAAAUUUGCCGACUGCCACAUAACUAAAUCCCAUUUUGCAUAGUCCCUGAAGUACUUUAUACUAUAGGAUUAAUAUCACUAGCCUUGUAUUUCUUCACUUGCUAAGAAAGGCACCCAUCCCUUUCUUAACUCCGUCUAGUGUAUCUGCCAGUGCAGCUUCUUCAGUUAAGAAGCAGUUUGAUAAUAAAUUAUCAUUAUUUUUUCACCUCCUAUUAAUUCUUUAGAUUCUACUCUUCUGCUUCCUCAUCCAAGUCCAUAAUGCAUAUGGUCACCCUUAGCAGAUGUCUGUUGGGAUUCUGGGCUGAAACAUCUCUGUUGAUAAAGGAGACAUGUGCCUAUGCCUUAAGACAAUGCACUCUGCAAGGAAAAGCACAGCGGGGAAGUGUUCGAUUUUACUGUUUGCAGUUUAUUUUGUUUUGGUUGGACAUUAUUUUUUUUCUUGGUUGAUUUUAGAGGGUGGAGUGCAUGAGGGAAGAUGUGUGUGGUAUUGAAUGAUGUGUGAGUGGACCCAAUACAAUUUCUAUUUACAAGUGGCAAAAAUGUUUUCAUCUAAACUAUCACGUUUUAAAGGAUAUUAGUUGAAUAAGCUGCUAAAAUAUCUCUACCCUGGGGACAGGGUAUUUAGGAGCGGUGUUACGGUAUAAAUAACUGCAAAUACAACCCAGACUGCAGACUAUGGGAUGAGUAGCCAUUAAUUACCUCUGAGUUAAGUCUGUUAUUCAUGUUAUUCAAGUUGCCAAGGAUUCUAUAUUUGUCAGGGACACUAGAGUAAAGCUCCCCAUAGACGCGACGAUUCUUCUUGCCGAAUGACAGAUUUUAGGGAAGUCCGACCAAUCCUUUGAA